AUGUCAAGGCACACUCAUACACAAAAACGAGAAUUCGAGCUCGAGCGCUUAGAUGAAUUCGAAAGAGACAACGAAACAGGACCGGCUGUACCACUAAUACAGAACCAUGAGCUUGCACAAGACCCGGAAGCUCAACCACCGGGACCACCCGAACCUCUCCCACCAUUCUUUCCCGCUCUCAACAACAUCAAAUUCACUUUCAGUCACCCGUUCUUCCUCACCGCCAUAACUUAUACCCUCCCAAUUCUCACAAUUUUCGCCAUACCAGCUUAUCUAUAUUCGCCUCCCAACUUCCUUAUGAAUUGCCGUUAUGACCUCUCCGAACACCCCGGUCCCUUCAUCAAUUGCGCAUACACUUGUUUCAAAAAAAGCCUCACAUUAUCAAAUCCUAUUUUCUCAUUAUCAGCCAUAAUUCUUGUACUAGGGAUCACGGCUUUAGGACAUCUAACCUUAACAUUCUGCCUUAUCCAUGCUGCCAUGGCGGAGCAUCAGCUACAAGAACCAGGACCUCCGUUCACUGGACAUCUUAUAAUGGUAGGCUUCGUGGGCGGAAUAUUGGGUUUGGGUGUUGCUGCUUUCUUCAUGUGGGUAAAUUUAUUAACAUUCGCAAAUGUUCUCGGGUGUAUAUUUGGGAGAGUGGGUUGGCAGAUGAUUGUGGCUGUCUAUCACGCUGUUAGGGAGCGAUUCAGAAGAUAUAGGUUGAGACAAGUACAGUAG